AGGCCUUUUGUGCCCUAAUUUAGCAGAUGCUUCCGUAUCUCUGAACGGAAAGGCGGGGAGAGAACAUUUCCUUACCCCUGCUGCUUUAAAGAGGCCACAUCGCUUGGGAAGCACAGCGGACUGCUGAGCGCGUUGCCCGCUGACCGGUAGGUGAGAAGCCGCUCACGUCACAAACAGGCACAAGUACACUUUGCUUUGGUUCAAGAAUUCAUCCAGCCACAGCAGAAUGUUUAAAAGAGUCACCCAAUCCGUAGUAAAUCAAAUGGAUCCAAGAGGAGACCUGGUCCCAGUUCGCAGCAUCUUAGACCACGAACAUUUCAGACCCCUCUGUCUAGUGAGAAGAAAAAAAAAAGCCAUCUUCCGCUCAUCUCCCUGCUACAAACGGACGUGGUACACACUCGACGACGUGCUGCUGCCUGGAGAAGACGAUAAAAGCACAGAGUCCCUCUUUCCCCACGGAGGUGGUCAAGAUUCAAGCCAAUAUACAAUCAAAAAAAGCGCCCGUGACAGAGUUGAUGGGAGCCUAAGUUUUUGCGUCAACUCCACAAGCAUAGAGCUGAAAGGAGCUGCCUCCUUGUCCAAAGGGUGGUCCAUCAAGCUGGAGAAGAGCCACAUACCAGUACCAAAACUUGAGGCACUGAAAACAGAAAGAAAAAUAAAUGUGAAUCACUCCUUCAUUCAACAACUAAAGAAAAUACAACAAGAUCUGUAUGUGGUUCAUGAAGCAAUAGAAACCUCAGAGGAAGCCAGCUACGAGGAAUCCACCGAGGCAGAAGGGAGCUUUGUGACCCAGCUUUUUGCCAAGUUUUGUGCGAAGGGCACCAGAGAGAACAAACAGAGCAUAACUAUACCCAAGAGCUGCACCCUGGCCUUCAGGGCAAUCCAGCUGGGCAUCACAGAUGGAUCGUGGGAUCUUUACUAUUUCCCAAAAGAAAAUGAAUCAACGUUUGUAUCUGAUGGUUUCUCACAAGGACAAUUAGGAGCACUGGAGAAAGAAGUUAAAGAGAAUUGUCAAAUUUUCUCCAUGUUGUCUUCCAAUCUGUUAGUCAUAUUUUUAAAAGCCAUCAAAGCUGUGAUGAGAGACAGGAACCUCUUUGAAGAGCUGACCCAGAAAAUGGAAGCAGUUCUUGAUGAAACUGGUAGUUGUGAGCUGAAAACAGAAAGCCCAGACUUAAAAGACCUGUUGAGCAGCUUACAGGGUUCUCCAAGACAUCUUCUCCUUAAGCUGGCAGAAGCAAUCGCCUACGCUCUCGACGCAUUAGAUGAGCUAACGGAGUAUCAGCUGCUGCUAUUGCUGGAGUCUUUGGAAAAGAAGAUUGUGUCCCAACAGCUUAAGUUGGUUAAGAGCAUCUUGGAACACGACACGGAACAUGGGAAUGGGCAUUUCAGCAUGGAUGCCAGCUUGCUCUCCUCACAGGAAGAAGAACAAAAAUUAACCAUUGCGAUGGUUGAGAUGAGUGGAGUGAAGCUCCAGAAAGAUGGGUCCGCUGUCUGGACACAAGAAGCCUUCUCAGCUGUAGCAGCCCUGUACGUGUCUCUGUACACCCUCGAUCUUCUGAGUAACUCACAUUAGGUUACACAGGUCCUUCCAUUAGGGAAGACUUAAAGGGAAUCACUUGAAAAUGUAUUGGGAAGUCCCUUACUGCAAACUAGUUUCUCUCUCCAAGCUUUACCCCUACAUAGAUGAAGCAUUCCUUAUUAAUGCCCAGCGCUGAUUAGAAACGAGUAGCAAAAGCAGACUUAAGGCAAGAAAACUCCUUACAGAAGCCAGAAGCCGAUCACCAAAACCGAUUUUUGUUUCCCCCCCAUACGAACACAGAGUGCCAACUGAAAAACUCACUAGCCCAAAUAAUCACAAGCCUGUCCGUUGGACUUUAUGCCAUCCAAGUUUUCCUAAAAAAAAAAUGCUAGCACGCAGCUGCUCAUGCAAUCAAUAAGGCACAAAGGAGUAAGUCAGCAACAAUUCACUUACCCUGGUCAUAUCUGUGCUUCCUCUGCAACCCAGUAAGCUGCUAAAUGUCAGAAAGUUGUGGGAUCACACAGCAUUUUAACACACACCUGGUAAAACAGCACCUCCAUCACACACCCCAGCAGCAAGGAACAAAUGACAACGUUUCCGAACAAUGUUACAAAUACUUUGGUGACUACUGUAUAAAU